GAAGCCUGCUUGCUUGCCUGCCUAGGCUCGUUAGAGGGAGCUGUCGGCCGGAGGGAGCGGCGCUUGCUGCAGUGAGGGACCCGCUCCUGCUUCUCGUCGCCGCUUCUAUCUCCUCGGGAGCCAGAGAGAGAAAGCGAGACUCGCCGAGGCGAGUUAGCAGCAGCAGCAGCAGCAGCAGGCGGUGAAAAGCGGUCACGGCACAGCCUCUACCCAGCGCUAAAGGCAGGCGAGGGAACGCUGGGCCCGGGCAGUCACGGUCGCGCCGCCGCUGCCGCUAUGAGUUUCGCAGGCUUCUUGGGACCGGCCCCGAAAAGACAGCCGACCAGACGGAGGGAGCGGCAGAGGACAUAGGGAGCCGCCAAGCGCUCCGAGACCGUUACGUUGGGGCCAGGCCAGCCACCUUCGUGUCCAUGAGCCCGCCGCCCUCCCGUCAGAGCUGCUGCUACUGCCGCCACCUCCUUCGCCAGCAGCCGCCGACCCGGGCGCACGCCUCCGCUGCUGCCACCGGACUCUCUUCCCCCGGCCCUGCCUCCUUCUUUCCUCUGCGCAGCAGAAGGAAAAGACUACAGACUCCAGUGUGAAGAGAAUGGCUGUGACUUUAGAACAGGCCCAAAGGGCGGGCUGUAUGUUUCUGAAAGCACUCUUAAGAUUUGGCUUCAUGGUUGCUAAUAACCUUGUUGCUAUUCCGUCCUACGUUCUAUAUUUAAUAGUACUGCAACCUCUCCGACUGUUGGAUAGUAAACGGUUCUGGUAUAUUGAAGGAGUAUUAUUUAAAUGGCUUUUAGCUAUGGUGGCUUCAUGGGGCUGGUGGGCAGGAUAUACAGUUGUAGAAUGGGGAGAUGACGUUAAAUCCAUCUCAGAAGAUGAAGCUGUGAUGCUAGUGAACCAUCAAGCAACUGGAGAUGUUUGCACUCUAAUGAUGUGCCUUCAGGACAAAGGCACGGUUGUUCGUCAGAUGAUGUGGCUGAUGGAUCAUAUUUUUAAAUAUACAAACUUUGGAAUUGUAUCUCUGCUUCAUGGAGAUUUCUUUAUAAGACAGGGAAAAGCUUAUCGUGACCAGCAGCUUGAACUUCUCCAGGAACAUCUAGAAAAAUAUUACAGGAGCCGUGAUCGAAAGUGGAUUGUAUUGUUUCCAGAAGGUGGUUUUCUUAGAAAAAGAAGAGAAACCAGUCAGGCAUUUGCCAAGAAAAACAAUUUGCCAUUUCUUAAACAUGUUACACUGCCAAGACUGGGGGCCACACUGGUUAUACUGAAAAAUCUUGUAGCUCAGCAAGAAAAUGGAACUCUGGCAGGUGGAGAUGGUACAGAAACAGAAAGCAAAUCAAAAGGUCUUCAGUGGGUGAUAGAUACAACAAUUGCAUAUCCCAAAGCUGAACCUCUAGACAUUCAAACCUGGAUUCUGGGUUACAGGCGACCAACAAUUACCCAUGUACAUUACAGGAUUUUUCCAAUUAAAGAUGUACCUGUGGAGCCUGAAGCACUCACUGUUUGGUUAUAUCAACGGUUCAUUGAAAAGGAGGAUCUCUUGUCACACUUUUACAAAACAGGAGCAUUUCCUCCACUGCAGGGACAGACAGAAGCUGUUUCCCGAGAAAUGAACCUUAGCAAUCUCUGGCUAGUUCUCAUACAGUCCCUUGCGUUUUUGUCAGGUGGUAUGUGGUACUGCAUUCUUCAGUAUUUUUAUCAAUGCCUAUUUUAAAAGGGACCUAAGAACACAAUGAGGAACCAGGUACUUUUACAGAGUGCAUCAUGUUAUGUGUGCAAAUGUGAAUGUACUAGGAAGGAACAUACUGGAUGGACUUUCUCCCCUUCUUUGGGGUAUUUUAAACUUCACUAGAAGUGAGAAUCAGUAACAUAGUGAUCUAAUGAUGUAUUUUAAGAACUGUCCAUAUUUUUAAAUGGUGUGUUCCCAUCCCACAUACGCACACCCAUCAGCAGAUUCGGCAUUUGAACAGGAGACAGUUAUACAACCACCAUGGGUGAACAUCUGCAACAAGAAUGCUUUCACCACAGGUAGUAUCCAGCAUUGUAGUUAAAACUUGGAGCGUUCAGCAACUUUCUCUUCAGUAGUCUGUACUGCAAGUCUUGUGAUAGAGAUCCCUCAUCUGCACAAACUCAAAUUGUACUGUGAUUAAUCAUUCUGGAUCAGUUUAACCUAUUCUGCAAACCUGGUUAUGGUACUGUGACUGCCCCAUGUUACCCGUUUAGAAAAAGCUUUU